AUGUCCUCGCUGACCCGAGCAUUUACCAAGCGCCACAAGCGCCCCGAGGUAUCGGCACCGAUGCCCUACCGGGAAGGCCAAGUCAAAUUCUCUGCUGGAACCAUCAAUCGGGGCAAGAUCUCAGCUCCGGUGGAGUUGCUGUCCACCACGAAUAUGCUCGCUUACAAUGCGCCCGAUCUUCAUUCAGCGGGAUCGUCAUCUACGUCAUCUCUUCAAUCUCCAGAUGACUCAGAAUUAUCUUUUGCGCAUCAGAGUUUCGGGUCGCCCGUCACAACACCCAGCGACUCUCCCGUCGAGCCCAACCCUCUAUCGUCAUAUUUCCCCAAGCGCUCAGCCACUGUUACCAGCCAUCCUCGAUCCUCUACAUCGACUGCAUCAUCUACGGAUGCGCCCUUGGUUCCCAAGCGGGCGCUUUCCCAUACGAAGCGCUCCCACCAAGAGUUGGCUCGUCAGCGCUCCAUCUCUCGGCUCUCGCCUCCUCCAUUAAAUUCCGUGCGCAGCAGUCCUGCAGUUCGCCCAGCCCAGGAAUACUCCAGCCCCGAACCACACCCCUUUGGAAAGGAGCUGGAGCAAGUGAAUGAGGUCGUGGAAGAGUUUGGUGGCACUCGUGUGCUCGAUGAAGAGGAGCUUAUUUUGCAGAACAAAGGCCUGAUGAAGUUCACCGUGGAUGAAUACCUGGUAGAAAUUGAAGAUCUUUACGGAAGCAUCUUUGACGAUCGAAUGGGCCCAAUUGCUUCCGGACAGUGGCUAUGA